AUGGAUUUUGGGGACCGCCGUGAUUUUUGCCGAAUGUUCAGGGCUAAUAAAACUGUCAAGUAUACUGAUCCUGAAAAGGAAGUAUAUGGAUUACGUAGAAUUGGUUUCUAUUUUCAAAUAACAAAUUUGACUGCUGCAGAAGAAACUUCUCUUGGAAUAGCUUCAAUUUCUAUUCAAUUGACUUCUCCUGAUUUCAAUCCAUUGAUAUAUCCUGGGCAGGACAUAGAUAAUAUGGAAAAAGCGCAUAAGUCGCUUUUGUUGCUUCAAUGGAACUUUAUUUCUGCAAUGGCUGGUUACGCUACAGUGGUAAGAUUUACCACAAAAUCAUAUAAGUCUAUUAUUCCGGCUAGCAUUGGCGCUAUUACCGGAUUUGAGACAAAUUAUAAUCAAGCAACAUUUAUAGAAAGUGAAGUAAGUCAAUUUCCUUUUAAUAAAAAUCCAUUUAAUAUGCCAAAUGGGACAUCUGGUUAUUUUUCUGUUUCCGCUGGAAGUUUUAUUCAAGAGGAAACUAUUGAACAGCGAACAACUAUUAUCCUCGGUAUUAUUUCAUCAGCUGGUGGCUUUUUUGGUGCCAUAAUGACUAUUUAUUCACUUUUAUAUGGUAAAUCGGCAUUAAAUCCGUGGGGUAUAAUUCAUAGAAGAUUUGUUCCUAAAAAAAAAUUAAAAUUUGAAUGUAAUAAUGCUUGUGAAGGUCAAU